AUGAAUUGCAAGAUGGAGCCGCGGUUUUUUUCCGGUAUUGGACGGAUACUGGAAUCGGAGAUUCGCAGUUGGGAGGCUUCACGUUAUCGACAGGGAUGUAUUUAUGUACGCGCAGAGAUACCACGGGGACGGGGCGGGUUGGGUCCGGUGCAUAAGCCAAUUAAAGAUUUGGCAUGCUCUUUUAAAUUUGGCCAAGACUGGCGCAUGGGAAGGAUUAAGUGCUCUUUGUUUUCAAGUUCACACACUCAUGUCGCCUUUAUAGCUGACGGGUUGAAGUGA